CUGUGAGGCUCCAGAAGUCACUCCACAUUGUCCCACCAAUGCCUCUGCAGCUGCAGCCCAAUGAAGCACCAGCAAAUGCCUGGCAGAUGCAAGUUCUCCUCCUGCUCUGUGUAUGUACCUUGGAGACUGCAGGAUUGCUCUACAAUUUCCAAAAGAGGCCUUUGGAUAGAGCCUGACUGAAUAACACCACGUUCCCAUCUCUGCACCUCUGGCUCAGCCAGGCUGACUCCCUGACAGUCUCUGGGCUGGGAGUUAAACUUUAAUGUGAAGCGGGGAGAAGAACCCAGGCGUGACUCAGCCACCCACAUUCUCUCCCCUCCCCUCCCCACUGGCAAGGGCAGCGGGACUGGGGAGAAGCAGAGGGAUCAGAGACGGAGCAGGGAUCUGAGACCCAGGGGCUGACCUAGUAUGGAGCCCUGUGACCCACGAGGGAAAAGAGUUGCUAUUAUCGGUGGUGGUCUGGUGGGUGCAUUAAAUGCCUGUUUCUUUGCUAGACGAGGUUUCCAUGUUGACGUUUAUGAAGCCAGAGAAGAUAUCCGAGUGGCCAGCUUUGCCCGUGGCAGAAGCAUUAACUUGGCCCUGUCUCACAGGGGACGCCAAGCCCUCCGAGCUGUGGGGAUGGAGGAGCAGAUUGUGGCCAAGGGCAUUCCCAUGCGGGCAAGGAGGAUACACACACCUUCAGGGAAAAAAUACUCUAUCCCUUAUGGGAAGAAGAACCAGUACAUUCUUUCUGUGGACAGAGCAAACUUAAACAAAGAGCUGCUGACAGCUUCUGAGAAGUACUCCAACACUAAACUGUUCUUUGGACACAAGCUCCUUGGGUGCAAUGCAGAGCUGGGGACAUUAUCCAUAAAAAGAUCUGACCAGCAGACCUUGGAAGUGACCUAUGAUCUCAUCGUGGGGUGUGACGGAGCUUUCUCAACAGUCAGAAAACAGUUCAUGAGGCAAACGCGCUUUAACUACAGCCACGAGUACAUUCCUCAUGGCUACAUGGAGCUGACCAUCCCUCCCAAGGAUGGAGAUUUUGCCAUGGAACCAAACUACCUCCAUAUCUGGCCAAGAAACACCUUCAUGAUGAUUGCACUGCCCAACAUGGACAAGUCCUUCACCUGUACACUCUUCAUGCCAUUUGAGGAAUUUGAGAAGCUCACAACAGGCAAGCAAGUGCUGGAUUUUUUCCAGACCUACUUCCCAGAUGCCAUCCCCCUCAUCGGAGAGCAAGAGCUGAAGCAUGAUUACUUUUUGCUGCCAGCCCAGGCCAUGAUCUCUGUGAAGUGCUCUUCCUACAACCUCUCUUCCCGGUGCGUGCUGAUGGGAGAUGCCGCGCAUGCUGUUGUGCCCUUCUAUGGACAGGGCAUGAAUGCGGGCUUUGAAGAUUGUCUGGUCUUUGAUGAAUUAAUGGACCAGUUCCACAAUGACCUUGGUGCCUGCCUCCCUGAGUUCUCCAGACUGAGGGUGCCAGAUGACCACGCGAUUUCGGAUUUAGCCAUGUACAAUUAUGUAGAGAUGCGUGAGCACGUGAAUUCAACGUGGUUCAUUUUCCGAAAGCACGUUGACAACUUUCUCCAUGCCCUCAUGCCUUCCACCAUUGUCCCACUGUACACCAUGGUGACCUUCACCAGAAUUCGCUACCAUGAGGCCCUUCAACGCUGGAAAUGGCAGACAAAGGUAAUUAAUCGAGGGCUCUUUGUUGUGGGGGCAGCAGGACUGGGUGGCACCUACCUGCUGAUAAAGCGUCUGGCAUGGAACUUGAAUUUCUGCUUGGAAGACUUGUGGGGCUGGUCCCAUUAUCUGAAGAAUACUGGAAAUCUUCUCUUUGGCACACGAGUGGUUUAAAUGUAAGGGGAGCUCCCUGUAGUAAUAAAAUUGAAGGCACGGGCUGUUGGCUCA